AUGCGGCGACGCGGUUUGCUCUCCAGUCAGGUAACUGGGUAUUGUGUUGGACUAACCGGGAGAGAAACGCUUUUUGGCAAGCGCCUCUGCGCGUUGCGUCAACGCUCCACUGUACGACCUCAAAGCAGCGUCCAAUGCACGCUGUCGGCACCGCAGCACGUAAGCAGAGUCCUCGCCAACCUGCUGGUAGCGGUCUCGGUGCUUGUGCAACCUGCCGUCUCACUUGACUUGGAAACAGCACGCGAGAUCGGUGAAGCAAAGCGCGCUGAACAAGAGUCACGCCUGCCCCCGCGAGUACGCCUCCCUUCUGGUGUGGUAUAUCGUGAACUGCGACCUGGUGACGGACUUGUUUUGCACUGGGAUGAACAGCCUGACGUUGUCCUCUCGUGGGCGGUGCUGCGCCCGACAGACCUCUAUUAUCAGUUUGGUAGCUGGAACCGAGUUUCCCUUGAGGAUGACCUCUUUCGUGCACUGCCGGCCGGAGAGGCAACCUUGGUAUGUGGUCUCGCACACGGGCUCGAAGGUGCGCGUGAACACGCUCUCCGUCGCAUAUGGGUACCCGCUUCACUAGGAUACGUUCGAGGCGAUGAGGUGCCACAGCCGCGACCGGAUGACUUUGGGGCUCAGCGACGAUUUACUCGCCUCCGUCAACGUAACGCGGACCUGGUAUUCGAAGUGGAAGUGCGACGUGUGCGCCCAAAUGGAGGCUCAAAGCUUCAUGUUUGUCCGCUUGGAUCAGAGCAAUAG